AUGGCCAACCCACCAUCAUACCCCGCCAAUCCAAACCUCACCUCCAACCCACCACCCCCAUCCACAUCAUCACAGUCCAACGUCGCAUUCACACCAAGUGCAACCUCAAUUGCCGACUCCUCUGACAACGAGUUCGAGCCAACCCCCAUCCACAGCCCCGUCGGUCCCCAAUAUGAAGAUUUGCCACCCUCAUACGACGAGGCGCGCGACCAAGCCGUCCACGACACGCGCCACGGAAUUGCGCCCGUAGACCCAAGCCAAAUUGAAGCUCACCGCAUUACUUCUAACGAAGGACCAAACGAGCCAGAAGUAUGGGAGUACCGCGUACGAGGCGAAGAAACGGAUCCUGCAAGUGAACAGGAACGAGCCCCGGAUUAUGCGAAUUAUAGGAACGAUAAAGCUACCAGUGUUCCUGUUCCAGUUCAACAUGUCAGUACUAGCGAAGAUAUCGCGGUGGGAAGAGUGCAUAGCGGAUCUGCUUCCUCGUCGAGCAGACAGAAACAGCCUGACCUGGCUUCUGACUUGCUCGCUCAAGCUCUGGAGUUCAGCCGUGAAGAACCAGAUGCGAAGGCGCAGUAUGCACCGCUCUUGAACCGCAUCAUCGCGAUACCUGACCAUGCAGGACCAGCAAGACGUGUAGACGAACAUGUAGUCUUCCUAGUUGCGUACGCUGAAGUCCUGGACCGACAUUCUAUUGGGCCAGCCGAGUUUGCAGAGUUCUUGUAUGGUCUACAAGUCUUAACUACAGCGGCGAAUUCAACGGCUGAACACUUGUUGCAUGGAUCGACGCAUGAAGGUGUCUUGUCGACCAUCGUACACGAUUACAUCCGAGGAGCGAAUGAAGCUUUCUUCGCACCAAGAGGUCUAAUCGUGUCGUUCCGCAGCCAAACUGCCUUGCUCGACAUGCUACCCAUACCUGCGGGCCACAAACCCACCGUUCUCGCCAACUUGGCGGAUGUAUCUGCAACGGCUGAAUGGCGCGCACGGCAAUUAUACCCCUGGAUCGAGGCUCUCGAUGCUGAUGCGGUGCCGAUGCGGAGCGAGAGAGUGCUCAAGCUGCAUGAGAUGAGUGAGCGCUUCUCAGGUCAGAAGGCUACACAGGGUUUGCCUGGACAUGCCGGGAACAGGAGUUUUCAAUCUGCUGAAUCCCAUGAAGACCCACCUCACUCCAUCCCUGGACCUCCAGAAGAAUCCUUACACGCACAAGGUCGACACGGACGGGGCAAUCACCAUCCUCGCGGCAGACGAGGCGGUCACUGGUCGCCCUUUGGUAUGCCAGGCCAUGGACCCUUCGGUGCACCCGGCAACGGACCUUUCGGCGCACCCAGUGAUGGGCCUUUCGGACGUGGUGGCCGAGGAGGACCAUUUGGACCCCGAGGCAAUGCCUUCUUCGGUAGAGGAGGCUGUUCCUCUCGUGGGGGACGUGGACGCGGCCGCGGACCCCCGCAGUCUGGAAACGAAUGGGCGGAAGUAGGCAAAGAAUUAGGUAAAUUUGGGGAGCAAUUUGGGAAGCAAAUGGGAGAGCUAGGUGUUGAAAUUGGGAAGCGUGCAAGUGCUUUUGGGGUAGAGGUAGGUAGGAUGGCUGGUGGAAAUGCAGGUGGAAGCGGAAGUGUGAGUGUGAGUGGGAAUAGAGGGACCACUGCAACCUCAGGUCCUGCUUCUUACCACCAAGUCCACGACGACCUUCCACCUGCGUAUGCUGCACCGUCGGGACAGGAGACAGGCGUGCUACACGGCGACCGCAAAGUCAACACAGCAUACCCCACCGACACGAAGGAUAAGGGGAAAUCUAAAGCCAGGAACCUAGAUGACGACGAUGACGACACCUCCUCACUGUCAUCAGAUAGUUCAGACUCCUCCUCAGACUCCUCGGACUCGGACUACGACUCCGACUCGGACUUCACCCCUGCCACAACGCCCAAAGCUCAAUCCCUCAAGCUCGCACGCCGCAACAUCAAGCAGCGGUCUCGCGCCCUCAAAAAAGACCACAAAGCCAAGAAACGCGAACUCAGAACCAAAGCUAAACACUCCUCUCCAGCAGCAACAGACAGAGGGAAAGACAAGGGGAAGGGGAAGAAGAAAGCGAAGAAAGAUCCAGAAUGGAAAGCGGCGAAGAAGGAAUACAAAGUGCAGAAGAAGGAGUUGAAGAAGGAGAGGGCGGCGCUGAAGAAGGAGUGGCGGGGUGUGAAGGAGGAGGGGAAGAGGGAGAAGAGGGGUGCGAAGACUGGGGUGACGGCUGGGGGAAUCUCGAGAGAAGUGCCUAUGAAAGAGGGAGAAGGGAAGCAAGGGGUUUGGCUGGUGAUUGAGAAUUUGGCGCCUUGA